AGGUGGCCAAGAGAGAGGGGGCUGGAUGUCACAGUUGGUGGAUACUGGAGGGGGAGCUCAGUGACGGGACCUGGGUGUGGCUGCCUAAUCCCAACCUUCCCUGGGACCAGAGAGCGUGCACUGGUUCCCAGCUUCCUGGCUUCUAAGGCAGCUGCCCUUCUUUUCAUUCUGGCUGGGACUCAAAAAGAAGGCGUGAAUGGGGCGCGGCCUGGAUCGGCAUCUCCCCAUCUGUCACCGCCAUAACCAAUCUGCAAUAAACCUCCUUCUUUUCUUCGGGGCAGGACCUCCUUGCCUCCAGCCUCCUGGCUGGACAGUACCACAUCAUUAACAUGACAGUCUGAUAGUUUUAGGCUGCUGCUGCUGCUGCUGGAGGCCUCAGUCUCUCUUCAAGCCGCUGUCAAAGCAAUGAUGCAGGAAUCCUACAGAGGACACCAUGACUGAAGAUAUAUGGGUGGGCUCCUGGCGGCCCCACCACCCUCGGGGGCCCAUCAUGGCCCUGUAUACCAGCCCAGGCCCCAAGUACAUGAUCCCAGGAACCACAGGUUUUGUGAAGCACACCCCAACCAAGCCGAGGGCCCCAGCCUACAGCUUCCGUGGGGCCCCCAUGGUCCUGUCAGACAACUACUCCCCUGGACCCCGCUACAGUGUGAAUCCCAAGAUGCUCCGGACGGGCAAGGACAUGGGCCCUGCCUACUCUAUCCUAGGGCGUUACCAGACCAAGACUGUCACGACGCCAGGCCCUGGAGAAUACUCUCCGGAGAAAUCCAUCAAAUAUGUAUUCAACUCAGCGCCCAGCCACUCCAUCUCUGCCAGGACCAAGUCCUUCCGUGUGGACAGCACCCCAGGUCCAGCGGCAUACAUGCUGCCAAUGGUGAUGGGGCCGCACACUGUGGGCAAAGUCUCCCAGCCCUCCUUCUCCAUCAAGGGCCGGAGCAAGCUGGGGGGAUUCAGCCAGGACCUUCACAAGACUCCAGGCCCUGCCGCCUAUCGACAGACCGAUAUCCAGGUGGUGAAGUACAAGGCCCCACAGUAUACCAUGGCUGCCCGAAUUGAGGCAGUAGGAGAUAAGACGAUGAAGCCAGGCCCAGGCGCUCACAGCCCAGAGAAGGUGACAAUGAACAAACCCAGCGCCCCUUUCCUCAGUUUCGGGAUCAAACAUUCCGACUACAUGACUCCUCUCAUUCUGGAUGUGGAGUAAACCUUUCCCCAUGCCUGGGGGUAAGGUGCUCUGGCUGCCUCCCAGACUCCAUCAUGAUCCUUCUGACCACAAAUUUGCCUUUUAACUGAGGGAGACGCUCUUCAGGUGAUCAGAGAGUUCUCCUUCUUUCAAUCAAGUGACAGUGUUGGCCAUGCUGGGCACCCUGGACCAGAGCCACGCAUGCUCAGAAACUGUGAAUGUCAUUUAUUUUUUUUCUAUGACAGAGUGUAUGUUUAUUAUUCGUGCUUCCUGCUGUGCCUGGAUGUUUAAUAAAUCACCCAUUAU